CUCCAGGCCCUAGUAGGCCCCAGUUUGCACACCUUAAAAAACACUAUGAAGCUAGCUCUGUGGGUAGUGCUGUUUUUUGUGUACGAGACUGGCGCUAGGUCCAGGUUCGAUCCAAACAAGGUUGUAGUGAAGGCAGAAGCACCUGUCUAUGAUGGAUGGAACUUCACGCUGGAAGAAACGUUCGUGUCCGAUUUGCAGGAGUUAUCGGCGUGUCGCUGGGAUCUCAGGGCGUUACAGGGGGAGGCAGCUCACCUUGAUACCAGUCCCGAGGCACUUGGGCAACAGUGGGCGGAAGAAGGAACAGCUGGAUCUCCAGAAUGUCCGAAGCCACCACCAUUGAACAACACGAUUGUGACUAGAGACGGAAACGAGGCUUGGUAUUCUUGCAAAAACAACUUCCGUUUCCGAGGUACAAGCCAAUCAGCUUCUUGCAGUGCGGACGGAGAGUGGAAGUUUUUGUCCAACAAUUUGGGAGUUUGUUCUCGAACAGUGUAGCAAUAAAAGUGCUUUGAUAUGUUA